CUUUAUUAUUUAUUACACUAUUAUAAUUUUUAAAUGAUUAUUAAAUCGAGACUUUAUAUUAUACACUAAUUUUUGUGUAAAUAUUUUACAACCCGUCCAACGGACGGGCCACCCGCUAGUAAAUUAAAAGGGAAAGGGAAAAGCGUUUCUUCCUUUUUCGUUCAUUCCACAAUUGAUGGUUCGGUCGGUUUGUUGAAUUUGCCUCUCUGUCCUCUACCUGUCUUUCCCUUCUUUAUCCCACUUUUCCGAUCCCUCAAGCUACAAUCUACAAACAAAAAAACAAGAACCAGUGUCCUCUCUUUUAAUAAUCUUUCUGUAUUUAUACCUUCGCACAGUUGUGAUCAGAGAAGCAAUCCCAUAAAAAAGGGGACAAAAAACAAUCCAAAUUCCAGGUAGAAAGUAAUGAAUAAAGCCCUUGAGUUUCGCUUCAAUUUUUCAAUGGCUGUUAAUUUUUCUUGUUUUUGUAUAAAUAUUUUUUUGUGGGUUCUGUUUAGAAUUUAAUUCUGAUUUGACCCGUUUAAUGUUUUUCCCUUGAAUCAAUCAGAAUUCUUUGAUUCCCACUCCCCUUUUCUUGCCUCGUGAUUUUUUUUUUUUUUGGUUUCAUUUGUUUUUAUUGGAUCUUUCUGCCUGUUUAAUUUGAAAGGGGUUCGUUUUCCGGUUGUUAAUUUGGUCUGUAGUUUCAAUAGCUUUUGUGAUUGACUAAGGCUUUUUUGGAGGGUGGGGUUUUGGUUUCUUCAAUACAUUUGGUUUGUUUCAUUUCGGUGUUCAGCUUGAUGGAUGAUAAUUUUCAUCGCCCUGGUCUAGUGGCACAUGAUCCUCCCCCCGGUUACUUUGUGCGCCUGGAAAAUAGAGGUAGUGAAGACGAUCUUUAUCUAAGAAAGAGAGCAAGAAUGCGUAGGUGGCUGUGUUGUACGUGCCAAGUUGAGGAGUCAUACCAAUCACAUGAGAAUGAGCCCUUUAAAAGCCCAAAGAACCAUGUUGAUGGUUCGUUCACGCAGUCUCUUUCUCAUGCAAUUGUUAUCUUUUCCUCCUUUUUUUCAGCAUACUACAUCAUGAAAUACUCAAAAAGCCCAUGUGUGUUGUAGCUGCAUUAUGAUCUUACUGUUUUGGUUGUAAGGAUUUUUGUUCGAGUGUUUGAGCACAAUUGCUUACAGAAAUAGUUUCUGGUUAAAACAAAUGGCAAUACAAGGAACUAAGUUAGAAGUGAUGGAGCAUGCAUAAUCAGAAGGAAGAAAACUAAAUCAGAAGAACUCAUACAUUGUUGUUUCUUUAUUUCCGUCUACUCAGUAACAGUGCAGAUAUUUGCUUAUAUACUGUGACUAUCAUUAAACAAUUAAAACAAAUACAGAGUCCAUUUUGGAGUACUGAGUGAAUAGUCGUUGAGGAGUCUUUUUGAAUUAUUUUAACUUUACUAUGAGAUUGACUAUGUCUUGAAGUGUCGAAUUAUUUGUGAUGUUUCAAAAUCUUUAAAUAAUUGUGAAUUGUCAAUAAAAAGUCGCUCAAGUGAAUCAAUAAAGAGUGACAGCUGCUGUUGUAUUAGUCUAACUCUUAUUGAGAAAGAACUUUGAAGUGGUUGCCACUGUAGUUGUGAUGGUGGUUGCAGAGGGAGCCCCUGAGAAGAAGAGGUAGUUGAAGCUCGAAAUCAUGAGGCUGCUGGUAGUUGGCGAUUGAGUUGAGACUUAAGGUUGUAGAGCUUAAGAAAAUGUAGUGUAUACAUAAACUUAAUUUAUAAGGCGAUGGUAGUUCCUAUCCUUUGUUUCUUUGAAGUAUGUUCUUAAGCUUUGUUCCUUGAGUACACCCCACAGAUUUAUCAUGAAGGGGAACAAGCUUCCCAAGGAAUGGAUUAUAUUGUUUAUAAUGUUUCAUUUUGUACAUAUUCUGUUUUGGAGAUAUAUAGAAGCUUGCAAAUUUUGUGGUUUCUCUUUCUUGUCUUGAUCUUUUUCUGCGUUCUUUCAAAUCAAGAAAUUUUAUUUCAACCCGAAUACUGUGAGUGAUAAGAGCUGCUGAAUAAAUAUAAAUGAAGGGGAAAUGCAACAAAUAUGUGGGGCAAUUUUGUUUGUUUAAUUUAUUCCUGAAUGCAUAUAUGACGUUGGGGCCAAAAUUUUGACUUGAAUGUGUAUAUCUAAGUUACACCUGUUGAUAGUGUUCUUCUUCACUUUAAAAAAAUUAAGUGUUCUCAUCUAAAUUUGAAAGCACAGGUUUGUGGUUAAUGUACCUCUUUCUUUGUUGUAUGAUUAUGUACAGUUACUUUACAAGAAAGUCAGGAUGGAACAGUUAAUAAAUUACAAUGAUUGACAGUAACUGAACAUGACAAGAGUUGGUCGCUUUGUUACAUUUUCGCGAGGGAAUACUGAGUCUAAAAGCCAAAUAUAAAGAAAUGGAGACUACCAAUGAAUAUAAUGGUUCUCAUGUCAGAUUUCGAACAUGUGGUACUCGUUUGUGCUGAGUCCCAUUUGUUGAGUUUUCUUCUAAUUUGUUCUAUCUUCGAGUGUAUGAUACCCAACAUUCCUUUACCUUCGUAUGAUUUCGCUGGCGAAUACAGGGUAUCAAAGAGGUUCAAAGGUAUCAGCUCCUGCCAUGUCUGAGCAGAAGCCAAUUCCACCAAUUGAGGUUCCUGCCUUGUCUCUGGAUGAAUUGAAAGAGAAAACUGACAAUUUCGGAUCAAAAGCUUUAAUUGGCGAAGGAUCUUAUGGAAGAGUCUACUACGCCAACCUUGAAAAUGGGAAGGCUGUGGCUGUCAAGAAGCUUGAUGUGUCAUCUGAGCCUGAACCAAACACUGAGUUCUUGACACAGGUUUCUAUGGUAUCAAGAUUGAAGCAUGAAAAUCUUGUUGAGCUUCUUGGCUAUUGUGUGGAAGGAAAUCUCCGCGUAUUGGCGUAUGAAUUUGCAACCAUGGGAUCUUUGCAUGACAUAUUGCACGGCAGGAAGGGAGUGCAAGGAGCCCAGCCUGGCCCUGUGCUUGAUUGGAUAACACGGGUAAGAAUUGCUGUUGAUGCUGCCAGAGGACUUGAGUAUCUGCAUGAGAAGGUCAAUCCGCCUAUAAUACACAGAGAUAUUAGAUCCAGCAACGUACUUGUGUUUGAAGAUUACAAAGCAAAGAUUGCGGAUUUUAACCUUUCAAAUCAGGCGCCCGAUAUGGCUGCUCGUCUUCAUUCUACCAGAGUUUUGGGAACAUUUGGUUACCAUGCACCAGAAUAUGCAAUGACUGGACAAUUGACACAGAAAAGUGAUGUAUAUAGUUUUGGAGUGGUUCUUCUUGAGCUUUUAACUGGAAGGAAGCCUGUUGAUCACAACAUGCCCCGUGGACAGCAGUCCCUUGUUACUUGGGCAACUCCAAGGCUCAGCGAAGACAAAGUGAAGCAAUGCAUAGAUCCAAAGCUCAAGGACUUUCCUCCAAAAGGAGUUGCUAAGCUAGCAGCCGUGGCUGCACUCUGUGUGCAGUAUGAAGCUGAAUUCCGUCCGAAUAUGAGCAUUGUUGUAAAGGCUUUGCAGCCACUUUUAAAAUCUCAAGCACCCCCUCCAGAGGUUUAGUACCUAUGAUUGGAUCAUAAAGGCAGAUGAUGCUGCAGAGAUUUUGGGUCCGUUUCCCCCAUUGCGUUGUGAUUUGUGUGGCUUUUCUAUAUGUUUCUGAAUUUGAUUGUUGGCCUAUCCGUACAAAAUUGUUCUUCGCUUCUGUCUUCGGCCACGUGGGACUUUUUUUAGGGUUGAUUGCUAUGGCUCUUGUUUCGUUGGAGUGAUCUUUUUGCUGAUGCUGCCUGGUGCUACUGUAUUUAAAUGAUAAAAUUGACUGCGGGACUGUUACAGAUUGUGGGAAUAUAUAUAUAUAUAUAUAUAUAUAUAUAUAUAUAUAUAUAUAUAUUAGAUAUGAUUCUUGUUAAUACCAAAUAUGUUGAACUGAUAGAGUUGUCAAAUGUUUUUUCUUUUCUUUCGAAUUUUACACUUGACAUCUUUGAAUUGUGAUGAGCCAGUUUCGUGAUGUACUAUAUUUUCUCUCUUCUUUGUCACUUUUUUGUUUUUUUUUUUUUUAAUUUUUAGUUUUCAUUUCAAAAUUUAGAAAAUUUAAGUAGUUGCUUUCGAGGUGGAAGACCCGAAUUUUGCUGCUUCCGGCGUUGCUUCAAAUCAGCAAUUUGGUGAAAAAUUUUGCUGAGCGGCGCAGCAAAGGAAGUAAAAAGCAGCUGCUGUUAUAGGAUAGAGUAAACGGCAGAAAUCCCACCAUUUUUUAUUUUUUCUUGUAGACAUGCUCUACUAAGAUAUUGACUACAAUGACAACUUAAUUAAUUAGUUUACAUCAAUGCUCCUAAACCAACUUCUGCCUAGUAAUUGGUUCCGAUAUUGAGCCUAUUGACUUAGUUGAGGCAACCUCCCCCGAAAGAAAUCAGAUUGACUAUCAUGUGUUACCUAAGGUUUGCGUUAAUAUUUUUUUUGUUAUAAUAAAUAGAUAGUACUCAUCCUUGUAAUUAACUUACUAUAUUGCGG